AUGAAUACCAAACAGUGCAUCACCCGUCUCAUCCAUAUUCAUACCCCCCUUGAAACCCACCUCCUCAGACCAGGCGUAUCAGCCGUAAAACAAAACCUCGCCCCAUUGACGCAAAUCCGGCGCCUCGGUCUACUGGAACAUCAUUCACAUAAAUUGCUCAAGGAUUUCCAACUCCCAGUGCCGAACGGAUUCGUCGUAACAAGCGCAGCAGAAGCCAAGAAUGUUGUCAUCGACAUCAACGCACCAUCGGUAAUCAAAGCGCAAAUCCUAGCCGGCGGCCGCGGAAAAGGAAAAUACGACAGCGAUGGAAAAGGCGGCGUCCGGAUCGUCAAGACACCAGGCGAAGCCUUCGAAAACGCAACCAAAAUGCUCGGCCACAACCUGAAGACAGACCAGACCCCGCCGUCCGGCCUCCCCGUCUCCAAGCUAUACAUCUACAAGGCAGUCACCAUAGCCCACGAAUACUACCUAGCAAUGACGUUCGACCGCCAACACGCCUCCCCGGUCCUGUUAAUCUCGAACGAAGGGGGGAUAAACAUCGAAUCGAACAUCGACAAUUUACACCGGCUAUGGUUCAACCUGACAACCGGUAUAACGGAUGAAAUUCACGCGUACAUCCAAGCCGAGCUUGGGUUCUCGGAUUCGGAAAUGGGGAGGGUGAGGUAUAUCCUGGAGCACAUGGUGAGAUUAUUCAAGGAGAAGGACGCGACAUUGCUAGAGUUGAAUCCGCUUGUGCGGACAUCAGAGGGUGACUUUAUUUGUCUGGAUGCGAAAUUCGAUUUUGAUAAUUCGGCGAGAUAUCGACAGGAGGAGCUCUUUGCGUUGGAGGAGCGGUCUGCGCAGGAGCAGGAGGAGUUCGAGGCGGCGCAGUUGGGGCUGUCGUAUGUCCGGCUUGAGGGGAAUAUUGGGAAUAUUGUGAAUGGGGCUGGGUUGGCGAUGGCGACGAAUGAUUUGAUUGGGCUCUUUGGGGGGAAGUGUGCUAAUUUCUUGGAUGUUGGGGGUGGAGCGACGAAGGAGACUUUGGCGAUGGCUUUUCGGAUUUUGGGGAGGGAUGAGAGGGUGAAGGGGGUUUUGGUUAAUAUCUAUGGUGGUAUUGUGCGAUGCGAUAUGAUCGCGGAAUCGAUUGUUGCGGCUGCCAAUGAGAAUGGGGGCUUCAAAAUUCCUGUUGUUGUCCGGCUGCAGGGUACUAACAGUGACAAGGGACUGAAAUUGAUCGAGAAUUCGGGAUUGGAUAAUUUACACGUAGAGCCGGAUUUCGAAGAAGCGGCGCGAGAGAUUGUGGAACUCACACGAAGCAGAUGA